AUGGCGACUGCUAAGCGGCAUGAUGUGGCCAAAACCAUCAACGAAUGGGCCUCGGCAGUCCGAGAAGACGAAGAUAUCCGAGACGAGGUCAAGCGACAUGGAAGGCUCACCCAACUUGCCGUCUCGGAUUGCCUCUUCGAUAAAUCUGGAUCGGAUAUUACUCACACCGAGUACCUCCACCUCCGCACAAUCUGGUACCGGUACAACGGGACCCACAUCGAAAGCUUCACGAGACUGUUCAGAGACGACAAGGAGACCGGGUACAAGGGAUUCAUUUCCCACACAGCUGAUGAAUGGGCAAGUCGGUUGAUGUCCCAGAAACUCGCCCCUCUGGACCAAUACCUGCAUGAAUUUCAGAGGCGCCAAGGGGACCCGGAGUACCUGCAUCCGUCUCCUGCCUCCGGUUACUUUGCCAUGGUGCGGUACUGGCAGGUCAUGGCCAUCACACACACAAAAGGUGACAAUGAAGGAAGGUCCAAGAUUUUCAAACCUCGGAUUGGAUCGGGCCCUCUGGUUGGAACCAGCAGCGCCAGACCAGUGACACCUCCGCAGCAGCAGGAGCCGCAGGGGGCGGAUUUGCCCUCGCAGCCGUCCACGUCUGGGAUCCCUCCAAUCUCCGCGACGCCGGCGGCGAGAUCGUACCCGGCAGCCAGAGGUACUGCAGAGAACAGGCCAUCGGCAGACGAGGCGUACGUGAACACGGCCUUGCUGCUGCUGCUCCAAGCGGUGACGCAGCUCUUCCACAAGAACUUCGAACCGCUGCACUGGGUUCCGCCCCGGAUGGCCUUGCACCUCAAGGUACCGACGGCAAAUCAAGAGACAAGAAAAUACGACGAAAGCGUCUUGCUAGAGGCGCGAGUGGACGGCUACCUGUGCAAUGGAGCGCUUGAAGGCGGCCUGUCACGGCCGCUGGCCAUCUGUGAAGCCAAGUCGGCCGUAAGGAGUUCCAUCCAGGUGCCGACUGAGAGACAAGAGGCGGCUGAGAUGGCCGCUUGGAUUUGCAACAGCCAGAGUCACGUUGGACUCCUUCAGGCUUCUGCCAGCGGUAGAAAGAGGCGACUGAUGAUUUCCCAAACCCGCGACGAGAUAUGGAUCAUCAUCGGCGAGUAUGGACAGGCGUAUGAGGAGUACAUCCGUAACGCCCCGUUAAAGGCGGGCAUGACGACGACGAGACCGCCUCCCUUGAAGCAUACGCGUCCUGAUCUUCUAGCAAGCAACUUCGAGGAAACGCUCGGUUCGCCAGCCUUUCUGGACCAGAUCGAAAAGAUGGGCGUGGAAGGCGAUAUUAAAGGAUGGAAAGACCCGGCAGUGCAGGCAGCUCUCAGCGAGAGGGCCAAGGCUCGGGCGACCCAGCAGGCCAGCGUCGGCGACAAUCCGAAAAAACCGGUUCAAACUCCAGACCUCCCAAAGAUUGACGGCUUUUUGGUUAUGCACCGCUUCGGUCCCUGGAAGACGUUCGACAAAGAGAACAUGCAGGUCUUCGUCCGUCGGCUCCUCGGCCUGAUGAUAGAGCUGCACAUCAAUGAAUCUUCGCACUCUCACUCUGCCAGUAGCGGAUCGUCCAAGUAG